AUGGCUUCUACCGAUGAUGCUCGCAAGAACCGCAUCGUGUCGCACAUGAACAAGGAUCACACUCGAGAAAUCUCCUAUUAUCUCCGCCAUUAUGCCCACCUCUCUGCCUCAGCCGCAUCCUCAGCCGUGCUCAAGGACAUUGACCUCAACGGCAUGACUAUCAAGUCAAAUGAUGGAAGGGAGCACUUUGUCUCUUUCUCACCUCUCUCCAGCUGGGCUGAGGUCAAGGACCGCAUCAUCGAAAUGGCCAACACAGCCCGAGAAGGACUGGGUCUCAGCGACGUCAUUAUCACAGCCUACACACCCCCAGAGGGCUUCGGCAUUUUUGUCACAGGAUCUGUUCUCUUCUACUUCUUCUGCGCUGGGACACUGCCGUGGGUACAACCUGGCACUCGCAUCUGGGAGCUGCUGAACGAAGGUUUCCCUGGAGGCGCGACCUUCUUCCACUGGCUUGUCAGCGCCAUCUUCUGGCCUGUCAUCGGUAUUCAUCUUGUUGAAUGCUUCUUCUUUGACAGGAAGCUUCAGAGGCACGGCGUUGAGAGAUUCUCUGGACAGUGGUGGCUUUGGCUCAGCAACUGCUUCUUUGAGGGGUUCCCUGCCUUCAAGCGCGUGGAUGGUAUUGUGGCACGGAAGCAAGAUAAGGGUGGCAAGUCUCAGUGA